GAGUUUCAAUGUUGACAUUCAUUCUCUACUUCAUCGGCUUGAUCCGCUGCACGCACUUAUAACUAAUCUAUAUGCAUUCGUGGUUAGCGGCGUUAUACGCAGUGGUCUGCAAAAUAUUCUGCGCGCACCUAACCUGCAGUUACUUAUAUGUUGGUUGAAUGAUGUAAAUUUCGGAAUUGCACUUGGGGGGUAUACUCCUCAGUAUAGGCAGCUGUUCUCGGAUGACGUUUAAGUACUCAGGACGUUCCGUCCAACAAACAAGUCUCGUGCGUUGUGCCCCUAAAGUCCUGAGUACAGGCACACCGAGCUCUCCUCCAUCCGGGUACUCGCGAGUACGGUUGUCCGUCGAGGGACGACGUUCUCGGUGAAGUGAAAGUAACUACCCUCGCAGCUGCAGCUGCUGUCCAGGAGCGGUAUCUAAAGUCGUAACCAUGGCCGACUUCCUGGAAUCGGAGGCCGAGGAGAGCGAGGAUGAGAUGCUUGAUAGAAGCGACAAAAAGAAGCUCAAAAAGAGUACGCUUCAAUCCGAAAGUGAAGAAGAAGAAGAUGAUGAGGAAAGACUGAGGGAGGAAUUGAAGGAUUUGAUUGAUGAUAAUCCUAUUGAGGAAGAUAGUGAUGGUGAAGAUAGUGACACAUCGAGAAAUUCAAAGAAGCGCAAAAAAAGUGAUGAUGAAGACUUUGAUGAUCGGUUAGAUGAGGAAGAUUAUGAUGUCAUAGAAGAAAAUUUAGGUGUCAAAGUUCAAAGGAAACGUUUUAAACGUUUAAAAAGGACUGAGGAAUCUGAAGAAGAAGAAGAACACGAGCAAGAAGAAGAAAGAGAUGCAAUAGCCAAUGAAUUAUUCUCCCAUGAGGCAGGCUCUGGUGAUGAAGAUGAAAGGCAAAGCGUACAAAGUCAUAGACCAGCACCUGAGGUUGAUCAAUAUGGAGAAGAAGGUAGCGAGGAAGAGUCUGAUGCAGAUGAUUUUAUUGUUGAUGAUGAUGGAAGACCUAUCGCUGAAAAAAGAAAAAAGAAAAAGCAUAUUUUCACUGACUCAGCCCUCCAAGAAGCUCAGGAUAUAUUUGGAGUUGAUUUUGAUUAUGACGAAUUUGAGAAAUACGGUGAUGACUAUGAGGAGGAGGAAGAGGAGGAGGAAGACGAUUAUGAAGAAGAAGGGGAUGCUGCUAGACCUAAGAAAACAAAAAAAGCAUCUAAAAAGAAAACGUCAAAAAAGAGUAUUUUUGAAAUAUAUGAACCUAGUGAACUCAAACGUGGUCAUUUUACCGAUCUGGACAACGAGAUUCGUACGACAGAUAUUCCCGAGCGAAUGCAACUCAGAUCUGUACCAGUUACUGCUGCAACCGAAGAAGAAUUAGCAGCUGAAGCCCAAUGGAUUUAUAACCAAGCCUUUGAACGUAAAACCAUCUCUAUUCAAGAUGCUCACCUAAACGAAGAAGCUAAAGAGCGUGCCAAGAAAGGUCCUCAAACUGUGACGAAGAUUACAAAAGCCCUUGACUUUAUGCGUAAUCAGCACUUCGAGGUUCCUUUUAUUUCAUUUUAUCGUAAAGAGUAUGUGCUACCAGAGCUGAACAUAAAUGACCUCUGGAAAGUUUAUAAAUAUGACGCUAAAUGGUGCCAAUUGCGGCAGCGUAAAGAAGCGCUGCUUGUUCUUUUCCGCAAAAUGAAGCGGUAUCAGGAAGACUUUAUAAUGAAAGAUCCUGAUGCGCCGUUACCUGACAACAUGAGACUAAUCGAAGAAGAAGAUGUAAAGCAAUUGGAAAAUGUCCAGACGACUGAAGAACUUAACGAUUGUUAUCAUCACUUUAUGUUGUAUUAUAGUCAUGAGAUUCCGAAGAUGCAGGAGAUUGUGCGGAAACAGGAAAAGGAGAAGCGUCGACAGGAGCGCAUCCAGAAGAGGAAACAACUCAUUGCUGAGGCCGAGGAAAAUGGCGAGGAUCCUCCACCCGAAGAUCCUUUUGAGGACGAUGAUGAUAACGAACCAGAAGAAACCCUCAAGCAAGCGGUCCGCACUGGGCCGUACUCGAUCUGUCGACGAGCAGGUCUAGAAAGUCUAGCCAAGAGGUUCGGUCUGCCACCUGAACAAUAUGCGAAGAAUUUGAGCGAAGAGUACCAGAUCUUUGAGGUUGAACAGGAGCUAAACGAACCUACCGCCGUAGCAGCAGAGUACGUCGGUGAGAAAUUUCAGACAGCGGACGAGGUGCUUAAAGCAGCGCAGCUCAUGGUAGCAAUACAGUUGGCGAGGGAACCCUUGGUAAGAGAGUCGGUGAGGAAAAUGUACAAAGAAAAGGCAAAGAUAUCAGUGCGGCCAACGAAGCAAGGCAUCAAGUUAAUCGAUGAAAACCACCCAGUUUAUAUUAUGAAAUAUCUAAAGGACAAACCUGUCAGGGAUCUUGUGGGUGAUCAGUUCCUGAAAUUAGUAAUGGCUGAACAAGACAAAUUGAUCACUAUAUCAUUCUCUGAUAUAAUAGAAGGUAACACUACUAAUAAUUACGUCGAGCAGAUGAAGCAGCUCUAUGUCAGAGAUGAAUUCAGCAAAAAUGUUCAGGACUGGAACGCUCUUCGAGUCGGUAGCGUAGAAAUGGCUCUAACGAAGAUGGUGAUACCUGAUUUAAAAAAAGAAUUGCACUCUAUGCUUUUAAAUGAGGCCAAAGAGUGCGUGAUGCGUUCAUGUGCUCGCAAAGCCUAUAACUGGAUAAAAGUCGCCCCGUAUACUUGCGAGUUUCCUGAUGAGGAGGACGAGGAGUGGGAUACAAGCAAAGGACUCAGGGUAAUGGGUCUCGCUUACGUGCCUGAUUUUUCUAUCGCUGCAUAUGCUUGCCUCAUAGCCCCUGACGGUGAGUGCACCGACUAUCUGAAACUGCCGCAUCUUCUGAAGAAAAAGAAUAGCUAUAGGGAUACCGACAAGAUUGCAAAAGAGGCUGAUGUGCUUGCUAUUAGAAAUUUCAUUUCUACAAAAAAGCCCCACGUGGUCGUCAUUGGCGGAGAAUCUAGAGAUGCAUUGAUGAUUGCCGAAGAUGUUAGGGAAUGUAUCGCAACUUUGGUGGCUGAUGAACAGUUUCCUAGUAUCGGUGUUGAAAUCAUGGACAACGAACUAGCAAUUACCUACUCCAAUAGUAAUAAAGGUAUCUCGGAAUUCAGAGACUAUCCAGUAGAGCUUCGUCAAGCGAUUUCAUUAGCCCGUCGAUUGCAAGAUCCUUUGGUUGAGUUUUCUCAGCUGUGCAAUGCCGACGACGAAAUACUUUGUUUAAAAUACCACAGUUUGCAAGAUCAAUUACCUAAAGAGGAUCUGUUAGAAAAUAUCAAUUUGGAGUUUGUAAAUCGUGUGAAUGAAGUUGGUGUCGAUAUCAAUAAAACUGUCCAACAACCUUACAGUGGCAAUCUUUUGCAAUACGUGUGUGGAUUAGGUGCGCGUAAGGGUCAGCACCUUAUAAAGAUGCUUAAACAAACGAAUCAACGUCUUGAAAACCGAACACAGCUUGUCACGUCUUGUCAUAUGGGUCCGAAAGUGUUUAUCAAUUGCGCUGGAUUCAUAAAAAUCGACACAAACAGUCUGGGCGACAGCACGGAGGCUUACGUUGAAGUACUCGAUGGUUCACGAGUCCAUCCAGAGACGUACGAAUGGGCACGUAAAAUGGCUGUGGAUGCACUGGAGUACGACGACGAGGACGCGAAUCCAGCCGGUGCACUGGAAGAGAUUCUCGAGUCGCCCGAAAGACUCAAAGAUUUAGAUCUAGACGCAUUUGCAGAAGAACUGGAAAGACAAGGCUUUGGUAAUAAGUGCAUCACGCUCUACGAUAUCAGAUCUGAACUUAACAGCAGAUACAAAGAUCUACGCAUUCCUUAUCAAUCUCCAACUCCAGAAAAGCUUUUUGACAUUUUAACGAAAGAAACGCCUGAAAGUUUCUACAUUGGCAAGCUUUUGGAAGCUACGGUUGUCGGUAUAAGUUAUAGAAAACCAAAGGGUGAACAGCUUGAUCAGGCAAAUCCUGUACGUAAUGAUGAGACGGGUCUCUGGCAGUGUCCGUUCUGCCUGAAAAAUGAGUUUCCUGAAUUGUCCGAAGUGUGGAACCACUUCGAUGCAGGAGCUUGUCCUGGUAAAGCCACUGGUAUCCGAUUACGACUGGAUAAUGGUAUCUCGGGCUUCAUUCAUAUAAAGAAUCUGUCGGAUAAGCACGUAACAAAUCCAGAGGAGAGGGUGCGCAUUGGAAAUCGUAUUCACUGUCGUAUCAUUAAAAUCGAGGUUGACAGAUUUGGCGUCGAGGCCACUAGCAAGAGUAGUGAUCUUGCAGAUAAGAAUCAGGAGUGGCGACCACAAAAGGACCCCUAUUACGAUACUGAAACAGAGGGCAAAGAUAACCUUGUGGAAGAAGAAACCAAAAAAGUAAAACAACGGCAAAUGUAUGUAACGCGAGUUAUCAUACAUCCCUCGUUCCGUAACAUUACCUAUGCCGAUGCAGAGAAAUUGAUGAAAACGAUGCCACAGGGUGAAGCGAUAAUUCGUCCUUCUAGCAAAGGUGAUGAUCAUCUAACGGUCACAUGGAAAGUUACCGACGAUGUGCAUCAGCACAUCGAUGUGCGUGAAGAGGGAAAAGAAAACAAGUACUCACUUGGUCGCAGUCUGUGGAUUGGAAACGAAGAAUUUGAGGAUCUUGAUGAAAUUCUUGCCAGACACAUCGACCCCAUGGCUGCCUCUGUUCGUGAAUUGAUGAAUUUCAAAAGUGAUUACUAUGUACCACAUGUUAUGGGCAUGAAAGACAAAGCUGAAGAGAUAUUAAAGGAUCUUAAAAGCAAAAACAUGAACAAGAUUCAUUAUAUUAUAUCACCGUCUAAGAAUUACCCAGGGAAAUUUCUUCUGUCUUACCUUCCUAGAAAUCGAUGUGGACACGAGUUUAUCACCGUUAUUCCAGAUGGCUUUAGAUUUAGAAAGAAUAGUUUUCCGCGAUUUAGCGAUCUUAUGGGAUGGUUCAAAAAGCACUAUAACGACAGAGAUUCCGGUGUGGUCACGCCCAGUACACCGAGGGUAUACCACACUACACCUGGUGCAAAUAUGAAUGGCAUGAACCAAGACGUCAUCCAACGAGUAGCGCAAAGUAUGCCUCGGCACAUGUUGCAAUCUUUAUCACAGGUAGCAAAUCAUACGCCGCAUUAUCCUCAAACACCUGGCGCAGCGAGUACUACAAGUGCUUAUGGUGGCGUGCAAAUAAACACACCAUACACGCCGUCCGGGCAGACACCUUUUAUGACACCAUACCACCAAACACCGAGCCAACCAACGCCUCGGUACAAUGAGCAGAUUGAUUGGACUAAAGCAGCUGCCGCUUGGGCAAGUCACACUACUCCUCGAGCUGGUAGUAGCAGGGGUACACCGCACACAAACUCAAGCCCACGGAGUAUGAGUCUAAGCGGUGAUGGAACACCGCUUUAUGACGAAUUUUCUAAUUAGACAUUACGUCUUUAUUUUUAAUAUCGUUAUUCAAUGCGACUUUACUUCUAAGUUAAUUUAACAUUUAUAUAAAUAUAAAUAAAAAACAAAGGUAUGUAUAUGCGUGCAAUGAGAAGUUAGAUAUCAUUUUUUUUGCUAAUUUAAUGCAGUUAUUGGAUUCGUAAAAAAUGAAAAUAGUUUUAUAUAAAUAUGUAAAAAUUAUUAGUUACUAUUAUGUAUAAUUAUAUACGUAUAAACUAGGUCCAACGAUUUUUUAAGCAUCUGACUGUCUUUUACACAAACUAUGUGUAAUUUAACAUUUGUAAUUCGAUUUAUAGUUUGAUUUGAAUAAAUCGUUAACGAAAGUCAUAUUUAGGGUAUGGAGUUUGAAAUAAAUCAUUGUCACGUAAUUUUUAGCUACGAAACAGUUAUAAAUAUUAAGACUUUGAAAUAAAUUCUUUUGUAAAAAAAAAACAAUACUUGAAUCCUUAUUAUUUUUAUAAUGUACUAUAAUGUGAAAUUUUGACAUUUAUUUUAUGCAAUAUUAUUGGGAAUUCGCUUGAUCAUGGGCUAAGAUAAUAAAUUAUAAGUUAGGAGGGUAGAAGCAAAUGAAAUAGUUUGCAAACUUUUCAAAUUAUUUUUAUUUAAGAUUUUAUUUACAGUACUGGGACUCUAUUGUUUUUUGAGCGAACUCCUCUUGAUUAUUUACAACAUAGAUCGCUUUUUACGCGCUCAAUUUUGCAAGCACAAUGGUGUGAGAAAAGACAAAUUCUAGCGGUAUAAUGUAAACUUUUAGCAAACCAACAAAGAAGUACUGCAAACGAUCGAUAAUAAGUGUAUAAUUUCAUCAUACCUUAUUAGUUUAUGUUGCAUUCUUUUAUUAAAGAAUACAAUCAUA